AUGUGCCAUAUUCAGAAACUAUUUGAAGACAGACAGAUUUGUUCUCCGUCGCUAUCUCCUUUACCUCCUCACCCCUCCGCCGUCAUUACCCCUCCUCUUCCUCCCCCACCGCCGUCGCAUCAACCUUACUCUUAUCCUCCGCCGCCUCCCAAUCCGCAUGCUUACUAUCAGCAGCCGUCACACUAUCCUCAAUUCAACCAGCAUCAAGCUCCUCCGCAUCCUCCUCCCACUUCUCCUCCUCCUCCUCCCCCUCCCCCCUCAGCUCCUCCUCCUCCUCCUCCUCUCGUACCCGAUCCUCCUCGAAACCAAGCCCCCAAUGACCGCGACAAAGGGGCCUCCAAGCCGAUUUCUGCACCUGGAAGGCGCGACCGUGCUCAUGGAGUUCCAUCGAAGCACCACAGGCCCCAUAUUAGGAACCCCGGUGUCAAAAUCGAGACCGAAGAAGAGAGGAGGCUAAGGAAGAAGAGGGAGCUCGAGAAACAAAGGCAAGAAGAGAAGCUUAGACAGCAGAUGAAAAGUUCUCACAAGUCUCAAAUGCCCAAGGGACACGCCUCCGUUGUUGGAUCUCGCGCGGAGGAGAGGAAGCCUACGCCUCUACUGACCACCGACAGGGUCGAGAAUAGGUUAAAGAAACCAACCACCUUCAUCUGCAAGCUCAAGUUCCGGAAUGAGCUCCCUGACCCAACCGCACAGCUCAAGCUUAUGACCAUUAAGCCAGAUAAAGAUCAAUAUACAAAGUAUACCAUCACGUCGCUGGAGAAGUUAUGGAAACCAAAAAUCUUUGUCGAGCCUGAUCUUGGAAUACCCUUGGAUCUCCUUGACUUAAGUGUAUACAACCCACCCAAAUUCAAGGCACCUCUCGCCCCUGAAGAUGAAGAACUAUUGCGUGAUGAUGAUGCUGUUACACCUAUUAAGAAAGAUGGCAUCAGGAGAAAAGAAAGACCAACUGAUAAAGGUGUUUCCUGGCUCGUGAAAACACAGUACAUUUCUUCAAUCAAUAAUGAAUCGGCAAGACAGUCUCUAACUGAGAAACAAGCAAAGGAACUGCGAGAGAUGAAAGGAGGCAUCAACAUCUUGCAAAAUCUUAACAAUAGAGAGAGACAGAUCAAGGAUAUUGAAGCAUCCUUCGAGGCCUGCAAAUCUCGACCAGUUCAUGCCACCAAUAAAAACUUGCACCCAGUUGAAGUUUUACCACUACUGCCACAUUUUGAUAGGUACGAUGAGCAGUUUGUGGUAGCGAAUUUUGAUAGUGCUCCUACAGCUGAUUCUGAAUCCUUUGGCAAGUUGAAGCCUUCAAUUCGUGAUGAAUAUGAGUCACGGGCCAUUUUGAAAAGCUAUGUGGUGGCUGGAUCAGACACUGGCAAUCCAGAAAAAUUUCUGGCGUACAUGGUUCCUUCCUUGGAUGAGUUGUCAAAGGAUAUGCAUGAUGAAAACGAGGAUAUCUCGUACACUUGGGUUCGGGAAUACCACUGGGAUGUAGGUGGUGAUGAUGCAAACGAUCGUGGCACAUACCUGGUGUCGUUCGACGAUGGGACAGCUAGCUAUCUGCCCCUAGUCACAAAGCUCAACCUGAGGAAGAGAAGGGCCAGGGAAGGAAGAUCUUCUGAUGAGAUUGAACAUUUUGCGGUACCUUCAAGGGUGACUGUAAGGCGCAGAUCGGCUGUUUCAGUGAUAGAACAUAAAGAUUCAGGGGUUUAUUCAAAUUCUAGGGUUGGUGCUUCGAGCUCCAAGAUGAGAAGGUUAGAGGACGAAGAAGGCCUUGGUAGAUCUUGGAAACACGAGGCGGAGCCAGAUGCCAAUCAAUAUAGUGAUGAUGGUAACGAGGAUGAUUAUUCUGAAUGAACGUGUGCCCUUUUUUAUUUAAUGUUUUAUCAUCAUUGUGAAUCUCCCAAUUGUGUCUGAUUCACAAAGAGUUGUAUAAUUGUGACGCUCAAACUUCACAUAACUGUCAAGUAAAGUCAGAUUUCAUCCA